UCCAGCCCCAAAGCUGUCCCAGUUUUGAUUCCUGACACUUCAUUUCUUUCCCUAAGCACUACCAGGAGUGAUCCCUGAUUACAGAGCCAGUCCUGAGCACUGCUGGUCAUGACCCAAAAACAAAAAAUUGCUACCUAUUCAGAAAAGAGUAUCAGGGAAUUCAUUUCCUGAAAGAUGGUCACCAUGUUAAUUUAACAAAUGCUAAAGAACUAAAAUGCUAGAGAACCUCUCAGUUUUCUGCAAGGAAAAUCUUGAGAAGAACUUAGCCACUGGUCUCUUUCACGAAUAUUGGUCAGAGCCCUCAUCAAAAAAUGUCUCUUCAUGCCUCACAUUGAAGAAAGAAUGAUCAGAUAAGGGGCUGGAGAGAUAGCACAGCGGGUAGGGCGUUUGCCUUACACGCGGCCGACCCGGGUUCAAAUCCCAGCAUCCCAUAUGGUCCCCUGAGCACGGCCAGGGGUAAUUCCUGAGUGCAGAGCCAGGAGUAACCCCUGUGCAUGGCCAGGUGUGACCCAAAAAGCAAAAAAAAAAAAAAAAAAAAAAAGAAUGAUCAGAUAAGUUAAGGCUCCAGGGUCCUUACCCAAUCAUACUGUCCGUGUGCUUGCUGCCCUUGAAGACAGGGAUGGACACUUAGAGUUCAGCAUGUAGGAGAGCACUAGAGUCAGAUGUGGAGUUAAUUUUAAAUCUGACCCAGUUACAGAGGAAGGGGAAAUUGAUGGUGUGUAAGAUUAAAGGAGAGUUGGUUUUUUUCUUUUAAUCAUCUAUUUUAGAUCUCACCUACUCCAUACUCCUACCAGAACCUGACUUCUACUAGAUCAUUUUACAAAAGUUCCUUUCUCAAAUCUGCAACUGUACUAGCAACACAUCUACUAGCCUGGGAACUGGCAACUGGCUGUGGCCCAGAGCUUGAUAAAUAUUAAGGACCAAGGAGUCUGAAGUAGAGGGAGAAGUGAAGCUAGAAGACCUAGAAGACAGUAUAAUACAGUUGUUCCAAAACUUCUUCCACAUUUCCACAGAAUAGUGACAACAGAUCUUACUCUGGGGUUGGAGGGUUAUUCAGCCCCUCCAAAAACUAAAGGAAGGUAAAACCUGAGCUACUUGUAUUGGUCACAAAGGGGUCUUAUAAUGUUCAUAACGAAACUACACAACUGACUGUCCUAAGAAGUUUCUAAAAGAGGAUUUAAAGUUGAGUGGAAUAACUAUGUAUUCAAGUGGCACCCAAGAUGUUCUAGUCUGUAAUCUAUUGUAUAAAGGGCAAUCUAUUCUUGUAAUUUCAUAGUAAAUAAAAAAAACCAUAGAAUUGGUACAAACUAAUCUCUGGGAUUUAUAUUUAGAGGUAUUGGUGGUAGCUACAUUAAUCAAAGUGGAAAAAAUUACAGUCAAUUCACAAUAAUAAUAGUCCUUUCUGUACAAUUCCCCCCAAGCCAGUACAGCAGAUAAAAGUUCCUAUCAUGUUCUCUAAGUCAAAGAUAUUUUGAUUUAGAGAAAAUAAGUCAAAGAAAUUUCCCCAAACUUUUUUUUAGAUUAUACCAAGUAAUUCAUUAGAAAACAAUAAGUAAAAUAUAGCAAAUAUACAAUCUGGUUCGGGUUUUUUUUUGAAAACUUUUUUUUUUUCAUGAAAAACGAACUGGUCCCUGAAGCUCCAUUUGCUCUCAAUGGAACGAACAUCUCUGAAUGCAGCAGCUAUGUGUACCUCGGUCUAGAAAUCAACAUGAGAGCAGCGUGGAAUGCCUUCAAGAGCGUCGAAAAAGUGGUUAAGAGAAUGAAGAACCUCCAACUCCGGGCACAUCUUUUCGAUUCCACCAUUCUUUCUGCACUAACAUAUGCCUCAGAGACCUGGGCCCUAUGCAAACAGGAUGAGAAUGCUAUUAGGGUAUCCCAAAGAGUAAUUGAAAGAGCUAUGCUAGGAAUAUCAUGUCUCACUCAAGUGAGAGAAGGAAUCCAGAGUUCUGACCUCCGUCGACAGUCAAAAAUCAGGGAUGCUGUCUCAUUUGCCAAGGCAUCAAAAAUUAGAUGGGCCAGUCAUGUAAUGUGAUUUAGAGACGACAGCUGGACUAGAUUCCACAGGACCUCAAAGACCUUGUGGCCACCCACCAACUAGAUGGUCAGAUUUCUUUGUCAAAUCCCUGAAUGAACAAUUUGAGGCUCUUCCUGUUCCUGGAGCAAGCAGAUAUCAUUAGGCUGCACUAGCACAUGACAGGGACAAAUAGAGACAUUACUGGCGCCCGCUCGAGCAAAUCGAAGAUCAAUGGGACUACAAGUGAUACAAUCUGGUGUGCUUUACCUUCUUAAGAGAUAUCUUUGGUCAGGGAAUACGUGCUUUUCAUGCGCAAAGACUCAAGUUUGCUUUCAGACCUUUUUCUAGUCUCUGUGUUUUCUAGAGAUGUCCUACAUGUUGGAGCACCUUGAUCUUUUCUUCAGUUGCUGUUAUUCUGCUGCUCAGACCUUCUAUUUCCUUUAUAUCACAGAGCAUACUCUUCAUUUCUCUCAUUGCUGGUUGUAUGUUUCUCAUUUUGGUUUCAUAUUAUCUUGUACUUUGCUCUCUGUGUCGUUGUUCCUUUCUGCUCAUAAACCUUCUUUAUGGCUCUAAAUCUACUACUCUUACCUCCCAAUGCUCCAUUCUUCCAUCAGUGGAUGAGAGAUCAUCAUUUACUUAUAUGUAACUCUUCUUCUACGUCUCCCCAUUUAGUAACCCUAGGACCACCUACCAUCUCAAAGUCUCCUAAACUGUUCAGGUGCAGGUGCCUUCUGUCCCAAAUAUCCUGGAAAAUGCUAAAUCUCAGCAUAAAUAUUUAAAAUAGUAGCUAAAAUCAAGGAUGCUACAGCCAGAGUACUUUAGUGUUAUAACUAUUUACUAGUUGUACCAACUGGAGAAGAUACAUUUUCAUUGUGCCUUAGCUCUUAGUCUGUAAAACAGAGAAAAUGAACCUAUUGUAAAUGGAAGUUGUAAGAAUAGAUCUCAUAGCAUAACCGGCACAUGGAAAACUCUAUAUGGAUUGUCAGCCUAUGGAUAAUUAAAUUACCAUAAUUCAGAGACUUCCUUAACUCCUCAAUAAGGAAAGGCUCUGUAUUCCCUAUAUAAGUAAUACUGACUUGAAUUAACACAGUAGCUUAAUAGUCCAACAACUGUUUACAUCCCUGUGUCCACUAGACUAUGAGUUUCUUAUGGGCAGCAGUAUUGUUAUUGCUCUACUAGUCUCAUCAUGUGGCAUAGAAUCAGACACAAAAAAAAAACAGUCUGCUAUAACACUGAUUUCUAAAUGCAAGUUUGUUCUAACCAGUUUCUAUAUUAGGGAACAGAACAUAAUAUAAAUUUCGUGUUUGCUUACAGGAGGUUCCACCUGUAACAAACUAAACCACACCCAGUAAACCUGUGUGGAAAGCACAGUAUGCACACAUACAUAUACCUCAAACAUUAAUCGCUACAUUAGGUCACUACUCGUGAUAAACCACACCCUGGUAUUACAAUAUUUGACCCCAGUUUUCAUUCAUCUCACACUAAUUCAUAAGUUGAUUCCAAACUCACUUCUACUAUGAAAACCAGAUCCUUUUGAAGUGCCAUAUUUAUAUAACUUCUAACCAUUUAAAAUGUAUAAGAUGUGGGUUGGGGAGAUAGUACCACAGGCAGGACAAUAGCCUUGCAUGCAGUCAACCUGGUUUAAUCCCCAUCAGCCCAUAUAGUUCCCUGAGCACCACCAGAAGUGAUCCCUGACAGAGCCAGCAGUAGCUUGAACACCACCAGAUAUGGCCCAGAUCAAAAAAAUAAAAUGUAGAAGAUACCAUUCUUAUAAGAUUUCUAGUCUAAUUUGCUUGGCACAUUGAAUGUUGACACUCUCUCCCAUUUUCCCCAUAAGCCCCAUAUUUUAUAUUCUCCUGUCAAGUGGGGUUAAGAAAAAAAAUUGCACUCAGUGGACUGAUGGCUGAUGGUGAAUAAUUCAUCUCCAUGGAAACCUAAGGUUCCUAAAACUGUAGGAGUCCCUGUUAAUCAUCACUUUGGGAGGCAAGAAGUUCUGCCCCACAAUUAAAAGCAUCAAAUAUUUAUUCUUAGGUUACUGCAUGACAUGCAUUGUGAUGAGCAGUAGAGGUAGUAUGGCUAAUAAAGCACUGUCUGGAAUUCCAACUGAAUUCCAGACUUCAGUUGGCCAAAAUCUCCCUGAAGUCAGUCUCUUUCACUGUUGCCCCAUCGUGGCCUCCUGACCCAGCUGAGUUACUGGGCCUGUCAGCACUGAGCAGAGGCAGACUAGGGAAGAGUUAAAUGUGGCGCAGGUGGGAGGGCCCUGGGGGAAGCAGGCAGAAAAGCCACUUAAGAGGACCCACAGGCCCUGAUGGAGGUGAAGAGGAGCUGCUAACACACAGUACACAGAAACUUUCUCAAGUCUGUUCAAGCUUUCUCCCUCAGCGUCUAUCACGUUUCUGCCAUACAUAUUGAGAGGAAUCAGUUUGACUUGCCCUGCCUCCUGCAACAUCGGGGAUGCUUCUUCCUCAUAAGCAGGUACUGUUGAUUGAAUACCAUUUUCUCCCCCUCUCUCACCGUACUCCUACUGGACCCCCAACAAGACUCUAGUGACACCCAAUUCUUAGUUGUGAGGAAGGAAAAGACAGAAGUCAUUUUUAAUUGUUUAUUUUAUUUGGUGGCAGGGAGAGAGGGGCAGAGGGAGGGUGCUUCCAUCUCUUUUUCUUCAUUGUUUCCCAAAUUCAUCUUCAAGUCUCUAGACGGCAUUCAAUCUCAGCAUCAAGAAUAAGGAAGCCUCCCACACCCCAAAACCCCAUCAGGUUUUCCUAUGACAUCAGACUUCCUGCUUUAUUCCAGAUCCCAUCUGCCUCUCCCUGCCCUUUAUUUUCUCCCUUUCUCUUUACUACUCUUUCUUCUUUGAGGGCUGGUGUCCUCAAGCAGCAAUAAAGAUCAUGUGCACAUCCCCACUAUGGAGUUGAGAAAGCCCAGCGGUUCUGCCUAAGGAUACACAGUCAGAGACAGGACCAGCCUGAAGCCUGACCCUGACACGGCACUGGCUUUUUUCCCAUCUAGAGACUGAGACUGACCCUAUGCGAACCCUAAGAAGAAACAAACCAUCAUCUCAACUCCACUCUCAAUUGACCUCAUCUGGAGAGCAACCGGCUUCUGUGACAGUGACCCUUAGAACUCCUGCCCAAAACCACUAUUUCCCUUUCUUAUGGACCUUCAAAGGACUCUCCCAUCCUAGGCAGUAUUGCAGCCUUGAUCACUGAUCCAAAAGUCAACCAACAGUUAUAAUCCUUUAACCUCCCCAAGCCAGCAACAGCCCUAUACUUUCUCCAUGUAUGGGUUUGCGCCACUGUGACACCCUCCCAAUCUCUCCCUUUGUCUUUCCUCUAUCAGGAGCGAUUCCUCCAUGAAUCCCAAACCUUUACCUCUACCACCACCAACAUAUGGCAGACGUUCCACUGCUCAACAUCACCCUGUCACACCCAACCUUCUUCAUUUUAACUGGCAUUCCAGGACUGGCAGGUACCCAGGCCUGGCUCACCUUGAUCUUUGGGCCCAUGUAUCUGCUGGCCCUACUGGGCAACGGAGCACUGAUGACAGUAGUGCAGACAGACUCUGCACUGCACCAGCCCAUGUUUCUCCUUCUAGCCACACUGGCAGCCACAGACAUGGGCCUAGCCACAUCCAUAGCCCCGGGAUUACUAGCUGUGCUGUGUCUGGGCCCCCGGACCAUACCAUAUGUUGCUUGCUUGGCCCAGAUGUUCUUUGUUCACGCACUGACUGCCAUGGAAUCCGGGGUACUGUUGGCGAUGGCCUGUGACCGUGCUGUGGCAGUAGGGCGUCCAUUGCACUACUCUGUCCUAGUCACCAAAGCCCGUGUGGGCUAUGCAGCCCUAGCACUGGUACUGAAAGCUGUGGCUAUUGUCGUACCUUUUCCUCUGCUGGUGGCACGAUUUGAGCACUUCCGGAAAAAGACCAUCAAUCAUACAUACUGUGAACACAUGGCAGUGGUGGAGCUAGUGGUGGGUAACACACGAGCCAACAACUUGUAUGGGCUGGCACUCUCUCUGGCUGUGUCAGGUGUAGAUAUUCUGGGCAUUGCUACCUCCUACGGGCUUAUUGCCCAUGCUGUCCUGAAGCUACCAACCCGGGAGGCCCGUUCCAAGGCCUUUGGUACAUGUAGUUCUCACAUCUGUGUCAUUCUGGCCUUCUAUGUGCCUGGUCUCUUCUCCUACCUCACACACCGCUUUGGUCAGCGCACUGUUCCAAAGUUCAUACACAUCCUUCUCUCUAACAUCUAUUUGCUGCUGCCACCAUCGCUCAACCCGCUCAUCUACGGUGCUCGAACAAAGCAGAUCAGAGAACGGAUACUAGAAACCUUCUUCUUCAGAAAAAAACAGUUCUAGCUG